UUGUAACUUUCAGGCGAGAAAAGAGAGAUGAGCGCGACGACGGAGCUGCCGACUAAAGAGGCGAACUUGCUCAAAGGCCACGAAGGGGCGGUUUUAGCGGCGAGGUUUAACGGCGACGGAAACUACGCUCUCACAUGUGGUAAAGAUCGAACCAUCCGCCUCUGGAACCCGCACCGUGGAAUCCUAAUCAAGACCUACAAAUCCCAUGGCCGCGAAGUCCGCGACGUUCAUGUUACUUCAGACAAUGCAAAGUUUUGCUCAUGUGGUGGUGAUAGACAAGUGUAUUACUGGGAUGUUUCAACGGGACGCGUCAUCCGUAAGUUCCGUGGUCACGACGGCGAGGUCAAUGCGGUGAAGUUCAAUGACUCAUCAGCUGUAGUUGUAUCAGCUGGUUUCGAUCGUUCCUUACGUGUUUGGGACUGCAGAUCUCACAGUGUUGAGCCGGUUCAGAUCAUUGAUACGUUUUUGGAUACAGUCAUGUCAGUUGUUUUAACAAAGACUGAGAUUAUUGGUGGUAGUGUCGAUGGAACUGUUCGAACCUUUGACAUACGUAUGGGUAGGGAGAUGUCGGAUAACUUAGGACAACCGGUUAAUUGUAUAUCGAUAUCAAACGAUGGAAACUGCGUUUUAGCUGGUUGCUUGGACUCUACUCUGCGUCUACUUGACAGAACCACAGGAGAGCUACUCCAAGUCUAUAAAGGUCAUAUAUCUAAGUCAUUUAAAACCGAUUGUUGUCUCACUAACUCGGACGCACAUGUGAUCGGAGGAUCGGAGGAUGGAAUGGUUUACUUUUGGGAUUUGGUAGAUGCAAAAGUUGUAUCCAAAUUUCGAGCUCAUGAUUUAGUGGUGACAAGCGUGAGUUACCACCCCAAGGAAGAUUGUAUGUUGACUUCCUCGGUCGAUGGUACAGUUCGUGUCUGGAAAAAAUGAAGAAAGAACGAUGCUAAGCGGAUUCUGUUUGUUUCAUGUUGUUUCUCUGUUUUAUUUUUUAUUUUUUUAAUUUCCUUUUAUCUUUUUAUCGGAUUGCAAUAGCCGGUUCGUGAAGUGAAAUAUUUGCUGAUUUUAGUUGUUUGCGAUAAAAAAAAAGUCUUUUCGGCUUUAA